UUUUACCAAGUUCGUGGUGGUCCACAGUUACCUGAUCACAACACUGUUCAGAGAUAUAACAAUCAGGAAAAUGCCAAAAACUGUUCGAAGAGCUCUAUUUCAACGGGGUUGCUCAAGCGAGAAAAUAGCCUAAAGGAAAGGACAAUGGCAAAUGUGGAUCACACGAACAUGGGGAAGAUCACGACGAAUACCGGGUGCCUGGCAGAUUCACAGCAGUCGCCAACAGCUGGCGAGAAUCUGCAUCAAAAUGGCAAAAAAUACAUAUUAAUGAAAGAGAUUUGGCCAAUUCAGUCGCUGCUGCCUAGAAGGCCUCAGUACUUGUUAGGAAACUUUGCGAACAACCAAAUCUACUGCGAUGGACCAAUACUUAGGACGGUCCAGGACUCGUUUAUGUUCCCUGAUUCGAAGCAUUUCGUCGACAUGUCGUUAAAAUUCGAUCCAAUUGCGACAUUGAGGAACUUCGACGAACUCGGCGAUAAAGCGAAGGAUAUU